AUGUUCUUACAUAGUUCUGUCACCCUAAAACAUAUCACCGCCGGUGCGGCGAUUGCCUCUCCAAGCUCCUUCCUUUGCCAGAAGAAAAACGCCUCCGGCUAUAUGGGAAACGCAGGAAAGGCUGGGGGCGAUGAGAAGUGGGCACAGGCCGCAAUGGAAUAUAUAUACGAAAAAAAUCACCUGAACGACAGUCGAAAACGCCAAUCCGACGUCGACCAGGAACGUGGGAUGGCCGAUGCCUACGACCGCUUUCGAAGGGUGAACGAAACCGCUUUUGAUGAGCGGCUUUCAAGGCUCCUUUCACGAAUGUCGGGGGCUCUUGAGAUGGUGCGGGAGCUUGGGUUGGCGGAUUGCCUUGAGGAGGCGGUGUUGCUGAACACCGAGCAGCCCCCCGGGUUAUUUCGCGUUCCUACCCUCUCCCCGCCCCUCAUGGGGUAUGAGCCCGGGUUUGGCCUCGACAUCCCGCAGCUUCGAUCCCGACAGGCGGAGUACCCUUCCAUUAUUCGCCCCACCGACCACCUCGAUUCGAGUAAAGAUCACGAACCAUUUCAGGAGGAGAAAGAGGAGGAGGAGGAGGAUCUUUCAGAGGUCUUCCCGUUUGUUAGCCCACACAAAAUUGAGGAUCUCGUUCGGAUUUGCAUGGAUCAACUUGAGGAGCAGCAUAGCGCGAUUCGCGAGGCGGCCCCGCUCACCGGGGUGGAAGGGGAGGCCUGGGAAGCUUCCAUCACGCUCCAGCGCAAGGCCCUCGCACGUCAGCAGCUAAUUAUCGACCUGAGCAAUAGCCCCGAUUUUGAUCUGAAGUACACUACCGAUGAGGCGUUUCGGGAGAAAGAAUGGGAAAAACGAGGGUUGCUGCCGUUGUUCAUCGAGCCCGCUGUUGUCGAGGAUGCCGAAGAUUUUCACUUUGCCCAGGAACCCGCCUACCAUCCUUUCCGAAAAGCGUAG